CACUUCCUUUUCCGGUUGGGGCGGCGGCGGAGACGGGCAGGAGCACGACACGCUCCGCGCUGCCACCAUGGCUUGCGCUCGCCCACUGAUCUCUGUGUACUCUGAGAAGGGGGAAGCAUUGGGCAAGAAUGUCACCCUGCCCGCUGUGUUCAAGGCUCCCAUCCGCCCCGAUGUUGUGAACUUCGUGCACACCAACCUGCGCAAGAACAACCGGCAGCCCUAUGCUGUCAGUGAGCUUGCAGGUCAUCAGACCAGUGCUGAAUCUUGGGGCACUGGGAGAGCUGUUGCUCGUAUUCCUCGAGUACGAGGGGGUGGAACUCACCGCUCUGGCCAGGGUGCCUUUGGAAAUAUGUGUCGUGGAGGCCGCAUGUUUGCCCCCACCAAGACUUGGCGGCGCUGGCACCGGAGAGUGAACACAACUCAGAAGCGUUAUGCCAUCUGCUCUGCCCUGGCAGCAUCUGCUCUUCCAGCUCUCGUCAUGUCCAAAGGCCACCGCAUUGAGGAGAUUCCAGAGCUUCCUCUGGUUGUUGAAGAUAAAGUUGAGAGUUACAAGAAAACCAAGGAAGCUGUUCUCCUUCUUAAGAAGCUUAAAGCUUGGAAUGACAUCAAAAAGGUUUAUGCCUCCCAGCGGAUGCGGGCCGGGAAGGGUAAGAUGAGGAACCGCCGCCGCAUCCAGCGCAGGGGACCCUGCAUCAUCUACAAUGAGGACAAUGGCAUCAUCAGAGCUUUCCGGAAUAUCCCAGGAAUCACUCUCCUCGAUGUGAACAAGCUGAACCUGCUCAGACUUGCUCCCGGGGGCCACGUUGGGCGCUUCUGCAUUUGGACAGAAAGCGCCUUCCGCAAGCUGGAUGAUCUGUACGGCACCUGGCGCAAAGCUGCCACGCUCAAGAGCGACUACAACCUGCCAAUGCACAAGAUGACCAACACAGACAUUGGAAGAAUCAUGAGAAGCCAGGAAAUCCAGAAGGCCCUGCGUGCUCCAAAGAAGAAGAUUCGCCGCAGGGUCCUGAAGAAGAACCCAUUGAAGAAUCUGAGAAUCAUGAUCAAGUUGAACCCGUAUGCCAAGACAAUGCGGCGCAACACCAUCCUGCGCCAUGCACAGAACCAUAAACUUAAGGAGGAGAAGAAAGCCAAGGCAAAGCUGGCAGGCAAGGCCCCGGCAGACCCUGCAGCCAAGGGCCCGGCAGAGCCCGCAGCCAAGACCCCAGCAGCCAAGACCCCAGCAGCCAAGGCACCUGCAGCCAAGGCCCCAGCAGCCAAGGCCCCAGCAGCCAAGGCCCCCGCAGCCAAGGCCCCAGCAGCCAAGGCUCCAGCAGCCAAGUCCCCAGCAGCCAAGGCCCCUGCAAAGACCAAGGCUGACGCAUAAGGCAGGCGGCUUCCCGGGGGAGACUGCCCGGCUGCGUCCGGGAUCACCGGCAAUAAAUCCUCUUGGAGCAGA